CCUGUUUAGAAGAGAACACACAAUUAAUGGCCGGAAAAUUCCUAAUCGUCGCCCUAGCCGUGGUGGCUCUCGUCGUGCAGAGCGCCACUGGCGCCACAUACACCGUCCGUGAUAACUUGGGUUGGGGUGUACCCGGGGGCGGAGCCACCGAUUAUGCCACUUGGGCUUCUACAAUUACUUUCCGUGUUGGCGACAUUUUAGUGUUCAACUUUGGGACCGGAUCACAUGAUGUGGCUAGCGUUACAAAGGUCAAUUUUGAUUUAUGCAAUACCAAUGGUCCGAUUACCCUGCAAACCGUCGGUCCGGCAAACGUUACUCUAAACGCCACUGGCGAGUUCAACUUUAUUUGCACCUUUGGCAGACAUUGUCUCAACGGUCAGAAACUAUCCAUCAAUGUUACCACCGCCUCCACCACUCCUCCGGCCACGCCUUCGCCACCACCUGCUCCAUCCACGCCUUCACCGACCCCUGCACCCGCCACCCCGUCGCCACCACCUGCUCCAGCCACGCCAUCUCCUUCCCCUGCUCCAUCCACGCCUUCACCGCCCCCUGCACCCGCCACGCCAUCGCCACCACCUUCUCCAGACACGUCGUCGCCUCCCCCAACACCAGGUUCCCCUGAAAUCCCCACAUCUCCCCCGCCUACGACCCCAACUCCUCCUACUAACGCGAUUCCGCCACCGCCACCUAGUUCCGCACCACCGAGAAGCUUGGCCGUUUUUGGAUAUGUCUGCACUUUGUUGGCCUUUGUCAUGGGAUUGACUCUGUAAUCUAAAAUUUGAAAGAGGUGGUAUACAUAUAUUGUGUAUAAUAUGGAAACUGGGCAGGCCAUUCUGUAAUAAUAAAUUUGAGGUUAUUUGAUUGUGUGUAUGUAUUGUAGUGAAAUUAGAUGAAUAAAGUUGAUGUCUUUCAGCAGUUCAA